AUGGCUUCCUUUUCUAUGGAAGACUUUGUAGGCAAUGGAGUUCUGAAAGAGCUGCUCCCGAAGCUGUUGGAAGAAGGAUGGGAUGAUGUGCCAACUUUGAAAAUUAUGGACGCUGAGGACAUGGAUGAAAUGAACCUGACAAGGAGACAAAAGGAUGCUUUUGAGAUAAGAACAUACCUGCAUGAUCGCGCCCUGAUGAACUAUGGAGACAGACUAGAAGCCUCUGGGAAAGGUUUGCCAGAACUUCUUGCCAUCAGUAAUGCCGAUCUGGCAUCACAGUAUGGGAUGAAAAGAGGUCAUGUAGCUCGUUUCUUGGACAGAACCACUGCUUGUACAGAACCUGUGAACAAAUCAGAAGUCUUUUCCAUUAGAAAACCUCCAACAACAUCAAGAAGCGACAGCCUUAUCAAAAGUUUUGGGUCUACCACCUCAAGAAAGAUGGCCAGUGUAUCAAGAUAUUCUGCAGCAACCAUGAUGACUUAUGACAAAUCCAUAGAACAGUCGCUGGCUGAUUUCAAGAUCAAAGAUGGGCACGUCUUUAAAGGGGUGAUUUCUGCAGGUCCCGCUGAGCCUCGAGCAUGUGGCUGUAUAGCUGCUCCGCCGGUAGUUGACCAGGUUGCUCCUUAUGCAACCAUUGAAAACAUAACUGUUCAGAAGCUGACUCCCGAGUAUAAGAUUGGGAUGGAGCGCUUGCUGAAAACCAAGGGACCUCCAAUGAAGGCUUCAGAAUUGUGGCGUGACAAACCAGCGGUUAUCCUCUGUAUCAGACGACCCGGGUGCAUCAUGUGCAGAGCCGAAGCUCAUCAGCUUUAUGCUAGAAAACCCUUAUUUGACGCAAUGGGAGUUCAACUGUAUGCAGUUCUUCACGAGCACAUAGAGUCGGAGGUACAAGACUUCUGGCCGCGGUAUUGGGGUGGUGUUGUACUUUUCGAUCGAGGUAUGGACUUUUUCAAGGCUCUUGGUGGUGGAAACCUGCUCAAGGACAAGUUCAUAUCAGGCUUUCUUUUCAACCCUCGAGCAAUUGCUAAUUACAGACGGGCCAAAUCCCUGGGAUUGGACCAAAACUUCACUGGCGAAGGUGAGAUCAAAGGUGGACUUUUCAUAGUAGGAAGGAAGAGGUCUGGCAUUGCUUACCAGUUUGUUGAGAGGAACUUUGGUGACUGGGCUCCUAUGGCAGAAGUAAUUGAGAUCUGCAGAGAGUUGCAGAACCAGCAGCAAGAGCAAGGAGAGUCAAUCAAAUCGUCACAGGACUAUGCUUGA